AUGCACCGGCUCGGCAACCGGAGCCCUAGGCCCAGCCCGCGCAGCACGGCCUCGCCAUCGAGCGGCGACGAGGACGCGAGGAGCGGCGCAGCCUCACUUCAACGCGCUCUCGACGCGGCGCUCGGCGGCGAGCCGCUGUCGGAGGCCUUCUCUCUCUCGCUCGCUGGCAGUGCCUGGCUCCGCUCCGUCGGCCGCUCGCUUCGCGGCGCGCGCUCGCUCCUCCACCUCGACCUCUCUCGCUGCAGCCUCACGACCCUGCGCGGCCUGGACGGGUGCGCCUCUCUCGUCUCGCUCAACGUCUCCGACAAUGCUGUCGCGACGCUCGAAGAGGCCUGCCGCCCGCCGCAGCCUCGCCUCCACCCGUCGCCGACGGAGGCCGCACGCGCACAUCAGGUGGACCGCCUGGCGCCACUCGCGCAGCUCGAGGCGCUCGACCUGAGGCGCAACCCGAUCGCGCGUGAGGGGACACAGUACCGGAUCGGGGUGCUGCGAGCACUGCCCGAGGUGGCCUCUCCACAGACGCCGUUGGCGGGCGGCAGCGGGAGGGAGCGGGAGCAUCAGUCGCCGCCGCAGCAGCGGGAGCAGCAGUCGCCGCCUCCGCAGCAGCGCGCCACCGUCGCCGGAGGCACGGCCACGCACCACUACACGCAGACCGACGAAGCGGCGCUCGACGACGACAGCCCGCUCUGGCUCGGCGCCUCGAGCUCCAGAGGGCGGAGCCGCGGCGGCGAAGGAAGCCCGGACAGCGGCGCUCCCAGCGGGGGGAGCGAUGGCCGCGGGUGCGGGUGCGGUGUCGGCGGGUGCGGCGUCGGGGGGUGCGAGGCGGCUCCCGCGGGCAUGCCAUCGCCGCCGCCGCGAGCCGCACGCGAUGUCUGCGACGGCAGCGCAGCGCGGUCGAGGGCGGUGCGCUCCCUCGCGUUUGGCGACAGGGCCGAGGCGGCGGAUGGCGGCGACGGCGGCAGCGACGGCGGCAGCGGCGGCAGCGGCGGCGGCGGCGGCGGCGGCGGCGGUGGCGGCGGCGGCGGCGGCGCCAAUCGGCCUGACGGCGGCUGGCGCUGCGGCUCCUCGCGCGACGCUGCCCUCGAGGCUGCGCUGGCGCUGUCUGCUGCGGAGAAGCGCGCGCUGGAGGCGGAGGUGAGCUGGCUGCGCGAGCAGAAGGCGGAGGACGGGCGCGCGCUCGAGCAGACGGCGGCGCUGCUGGCGAUGCUGCAGGAGUCGCACCGCGCGCUCGUCGCGAGCAACCAGCGCCUGCUGCUGCAGAUCGCCGAGGACAAGGCGAGGCACGAGGAGGAGCUGAAGAUGCACGCGCGCAACUUUGCAGAGCUGCAGGAGCUGACCGAAAGCCUCGCCGCGCGGCCCGCCUCGACCGCGAAGGGUCGCAGGAGAGACCAGCGCAUGGAGUCGGAGCAGGGGGGCAGGAUGACGCCCGCGCACAGCGCCGACACCGGGUGACGGCGAGGUGGAGGUGUGUGAGCGUUGAAUAAAUUGAACACAAGGCAG